CUCUAACGGCAUGGUUUUUUAAAUUUAUUUAUUGGUUCUGUGAAAAGAAGAAAAAGUCUGAAGGAAGGCAUUCAGAGAAUCACACCUUUGUCUACCCGUUCUUUGAAAUCAGACAUCUUUAAACUACAGCACAUUGUGGUGGAAGCAGCAACGCUCUCCAGAUGCCCAAUCCAGCUGCCCACCUGCCUUUCUACUUUGGCAGCAUCUCCCGGGCGGAUGCUGAGGACUACCUGAAACUGGCAGGGAUGUCGGAUGGGCUGUUCUUGCUGCGGCAAUGCCUUCGCAAUCUUGGCGGCUACGUCCUCUCUGUGGUGCACAAACUCCAGUUUUACCAUUAUCCCAUCGAGCGUCAGAUGAACGGGACUUUUGCCAUCUCUGGAGGGAAAGCCCACUGUGGCCCCGAAGAACUCUGCGAAUUUUAUUCCAAGGAUCCGGAUGGGCUUUGCUGUCCUUUGCGGAAGCCUUGCAACCGUCCUGAUAGCCUGGAACCCCAGCCGGGGAUUUUUGACAACAUUCGGGAGAAUAUGGUCCGCGAAUAUGUCCGGCAAACGUGGAACUUGGAGGGAGAAAAUCUUGAAGUAGCAAUCAUAAGCCAAGCACCCCAAGUGGAGAAGCUCCUGGCUACCACAGCUCAUGAAAAAAUGCCUUGGUACCAUGGGCCCAUCUCCCGGGAGCAAGCUGAGAGCCGGCUCUACUCAGGAGCACAGCCUGAUGGGAAAUUCCUGUUGAGACAAAAGAAAGAACAAGGAAGCUACGCCCUCUCCCUUGUAUACGGAAAGACUGUUUAUCACUAUCGAAUAGGACAAGGAAAAUCAGGGAAAUACUCUGUGGAAGAAGGAACCAAAUUUGAUACGCUGUGGCAGAAACAAGAUGGCAGCACCUACUGUGCUGCCAAUAGAACCAUUUCGGGUGGCGUGGGCGGUACUCAGCUGAACCGGUCCGAACUGGCUGGUCGGAGAUUCACAGCUCAGAACUCAGAUGGAUACACACCAGAGCCGUUUGGAGCAGGGAAAAAGACUCGGAUCUUGCCCAUGGACACAACAUGUUAUGAAAGCCCAUACAGUGACCCUGAAGAGCUCAAGGACCGGAAGCUAUUCUUAAAAAGGAGCAGUCUGAUGAUCGAUGAAGUGGACCUGGGAGAGGGCAACUUUGGGUGUGUCAAGAAAGGAGUUUACAAAAUGAGGAAGAAGCAGAUUGAUGUAGCCAUCAAAAUCCUAAAAGAGGGCAACGGAGUGGUACAGCAGGACGAAAUGAUGAAGGAAGCCCAGAUUAUGCACCACCUUGACAAUCCUUACAUUGUCCGCCUUAUUGGAGUGUGUCAUGCGGAAUCCCUCAUGCUGGUGAUGGAGAUGGCAUCAGGUGGCCCCCUGCACAAGUUCUUGUCUUCCAAGAAGGAUGAAGUUCCUGUGAAUAACGUGGUCGAACUGAUGCAUCAGGUGUCCAUUGGAAUGAAGUAUCUGGAAGAAAAGAAUUUCGUCCACAGGGACUUGGCUGCCCGAAAUGUGUUGCUUGUCAACCAGCAUUAUGCCAAGAUCAGCGAUUUUGGGCUUUCCAAAGCUUUGGCAGCUGAUGACAGUUAUUACUUGGCCAAGACCACUGGGAAGUGGCCAUUGAAGUGGUAUGCGCCAGAAUGCAUCCUGUUUCGGAAGUUUUCAAGCAAGAGUGAUGUCUGGAGUUAUGGGGUGACUAUGUGGGAGGCCUUUUCUUAUGGUCAGAAACCCUACAAGAGAAUGAAAGGACCCGAAGUCGUUAAAUUCCUUGAGGAAGGGAACCGUAUGGACUGUCCGUCCAGCUGUCCAGCAGAGAUGUACAAGUUGAUGAAUCUAUGUUGGACUUUCAAAGUGGAAAACCGCCCAAACUUUGCUGCUGUGGAGACACUGAUCCGCACGUAUUACUACAGCAUUGUUGACAAGAAGGAAGAGAAGUUGUAGGGAAAAAAAACGUGAUGGACUCGUGAAAAUGGUUGGAAGGCGCAUGUGCCCAUCACCUCUGGCCAGCUUCAGCAUUUCUGAAGGGAUGAUCUGCUGCAGAACUCCAUUUCGUUUUUCAUUCAUUCAAAGAAUCUCCUUCUCUCUCCCUUUUUACUUGGGACAGCAGGAUGUUCAUGACUGUUUAUGGUGUGCGUGCGUGUGUGUGUGUGUGUGUGUG